UUUUUCUGUAGUUUGGAUUGUAUUCAUUAUGGGUGUGUUUGUUGUUAUACGUCUCUUAUUAUCCAAUCAUUUAUGUUCAACUGCUUGUAAUGUGAUUGCAUUCGCCAUUUCUAGUUCCCUCAUUUUUCAACUUAUCACGCUUUAUGGCAAAAGUGUAGCAGUUCGAAAAAUGAUCCUCGAUAGAGGUUCACCAAUCGAUUGCAUGGGUUUUCUCUGGUUCAUUGGUCCACUGUCAUCACAUUCGUGUUCUGAUUACUAUGAAGCUCUUCAAAGUAAUGUUUUCUGGCAGCUGAAUGUUAUGCAUGUCUCCGUUACAUUGCUCAGGGAUACACUGAUUUUGAUCAUGUCAAUGCUUGGUGGAGGGCUUGGUGAACUUCUACAAUCAUUUAUUAGUAAGCUUCAUUGGCUGUUCCAUAUACCUGUGUUCGUCGUAAUUUCACUUUGCAUUCUACUAAGCCUUUUUGCCUUCUUUGGUUGUCGUCUCGACUUGUUCUGUGGAUUAAUUCGGACUGACUUCGAGAAGCAACAAAUCACGAGACGAGGGGAAAGCGCACCGUUUCGUAAUAACAUCAAGCAGCUACCGGACAAAAAAUUUGUUGGAUGCAGAAAGGAAGAAAUCAAAUCAUUGUUAUUAGUUAAUGAACUUUAUCAAAAAACACAUGACUAUACUUCUUUUGUGAAAUCUAAGUAAAUCGUAUAAUUGAAUGGUGGCACUUCGAUGAUUGGUUCAAACCUGAUUUGAACAUCGGUACUAGACAACGCUGUUCGAUCUCAUGUGUUGAUCUUUCUUGUUUGCAUUGUGUAUAUCAUCUUAAUAUUUCUACAACCGUAAUCUUCCGUAAAAGUGAUAACCCUUGAACUUUUAUCAAAUAUUUAUGAGUUGGAUCUUUCUAGUUUUGUUUUGUUUUGCGUGAAUUUGGUGACGUGGUGUUUGCCCCAGAUUCUAUGUACACCUCGCGUACUUGACAUUGUUCACCCACCACUUAUAUAGCCUGGUAAUAUUGUUUGUGUUCC